GAGUUUGUGUGCAAACAUAUUUUAUGUGUUCGAAUGAACAAGAAGAUGGAGAGAAGCUGAAGUAAACAAUCAGAUGAAUUAUGUGUUUAUUUGUAUGGGGGGUGUUUGUGUGGGAUUAAGAUCGGGAUUACCAGUGAGACAUAAUAUAACCCAAUUGUAGAGACUGCUGAUGGAAUGUAAAUGCUUUGAUCAUGCUAUUUUCUUGGCCUGCAGAUAUGGAAUUAUAACACAGUUGGUGGAGAGAUACUGAGGAUCAUGGGACAUAUUCUGCAUAAAACCCAAGGGGAAAAAUGCUUCUGUACAUAAGCAAAUUAUUGUUGAUGCACAGCCUGGCAGAUGUUUUUGUUGUUCCAAAUCAAUUGCAAUUGUGUCCACCUCUCAUGCAUCUGCACUUCUUAGUACAGGGCCAAAACUGCAUGUCAGCCAUUCCCCCAAUGAGUCUACCAUUCCAUAUGUGAUAUACCGUGUGAGUACAAGUGAUGAAGGUUGAGGAGUUUAAUGAUUGAAAGCGUCAUAAUCUUCUCAGGGUGUCAGGUGUAUAAGAGAGCUUCGAAAAACACAACUCAUCAUGUCACAGAUCUCUACAACAAGACCGACAUUGACAACGCAGAAACAAAGGAGCAAAAAAAAAAUUAUGAAUUUGGAUGUGGCCAAACUUGAAGUAAAAACUGGCAGCAAAGCCUCCCUCAGAGUCAUCAGCCCAGCAUCCGGCCCGCCCAAGUUCAAACAGCGGAGCAACCGCCAGUUUAAGAGCAAACCUCCCAAGAGGGGUGUCAUUGGAUUUGGAGAGGACAUCCCAGGAAUGGAAGGGCUUGGCAUAGACAUCACUGUAAUCUGCCCAUGGGAAGCAUACAGCCAUCUAGAGUUACAUGAACUAGCUCAGUAUGGUAUCAUCUGACGGUCUCAGCUGAGAAGUUAUUCCUGUAGGAGAACUGACGGAGCAGUCAAUCAGCAACCUGGAUCAUCAAUACUGGAUUUUAAAAAAUCAGUAAAACUCAAACUAAAGAACAAUAUAGCUGGCCAAAGAUGUCCAUACAGAUGCUGUGCUUUGCCUAAGUCGUUUUAUGAAUCAUUUUUUUUAAAUAUAGAAUGCUCAAGGAGAGCCCUUUUCUGUGUCCACAACCCACUGAUGUGAAAUUGUUCCUUCAUCAAAGCCUGAGGUUGACGUUGGAGUGGUUACUGAAUUUUUUUAACUGUACUUAAGAAAAAGUAUAUUUUGCACAAAUUGAAAGCGUCAUGUUUAAUCAAUCACUGAAUAAAACCUGUACUUUUUAAAAAACAA